AUGGGAGGACGCGGGCGUAUUUCACCGAAGUCGACGAUUAUUUGGCAGUCCACGGCGACGGCUCCCACGACAGCUUCUUCUCGAUUGAAUCUAAAUCCAUCAGUUUGCCUGUGGUGUCGGACGAGAUCACACUAUUCCAAAUCAGCUUCACCAGCUGUCCAGGUGCAAUCGAGACGUCUCUUCUCAAGCUCCUCCCCUCAGACAUCAUGGGCUGCCGCCGUCCAGAAGAUUCAAAGCACCGUCGCCGAGGUCCUCCCCUCUACUACCAUUUCCUCCUCCCGACAAUCCACUGGUAAUAUCACCAUUGAUCCUCUCAAGAUUGUCGCGAAAGAGUUAAAAUUCCUCAACAAGAACAUCCGCCAGCUGCUUGGCUCGGGGCACCCGAUACUAGACACGGUUGCAAAAUACUAUACGCAGAGCGAAGGGAAGCAUGUGAGGCCGCUGCUCGUGCUGCUGAUGUCGAGGGCGACUGCAUUUGCUGCGAAACAGCCGCGACCCAGAUACGAUGUGCAGCAUACUCUGAGCAGAAGUGCCAUUGACACGCCGAUCUCAAGCCCGUCAGUGCUUCUAGACAAGAACCCAGACAAGGACCUGAUGAAUUAUUCCUCCGCCGUGUCGCCGUUGACGGACGCCUCGAACGAAACCAAAUACGCCUUCCCCAAUGAUACCGCAAUCCUCCCUUCCCAGCGACGACUGGCGGAGAUCACGGAACUUAUCCAUACCGCUUCCCUCCUCCACGAUGAUGUGAUAGACCACUCGACCACUCGCCGCUCCGCACCUUCCGCGAACACGACAUUCGGGAACAAGAUGGCCGUGCUGGCAGGCGACUUUAUGCUCGGGCGUGCCUCCGUUGCACUCGCACGGUUACGAGAUCCCGAGGUCACAGAGCUGCUUGCAACAGUGAUUGCGAAUUUGGUGGAAGGCGAAUUCAUGCAACUGAAGAACACUGCGAGCGAUGAGAAGAACCCCAGCUGGAGCGAGCAGACUAUUUCAUAUUAUUUACAAAAGACAUACCUGAAAUCUGCAAGUCUGAUCAGUAAAAGCUGUCGUGCGGCCGCGUUACUCGGACAGUGCGCCCCUAAUGUGGUCGAGGCUGCAUACCAAUAUGGGAAAAACCUGGGGCUGGCGUUUCAGCUCGUGGACGACAUGCUGGACUAUACGAUAUCUGGGACUGAAUUGGGAAAGCCCGCCGGUGCGGACUUGGAGCUGGGGUUGGCGACGGCGCCCUUGUUAUUCGCAUGGAGGAAUAGGCCAGAGUUGGGGUUGUUGGUGGGUAGGAAGUUUUCCAAGGAGGGUGAUGUUCAGAAGGCAAGGGAUAUCGUAUCACAGAGCGACGGUCUCGAGCAGACCCGUGCGUUGGCCCAGGAAUAUGCCGACAAAGCUGUUUCCUCAAUCAGUGCGUUUCCACCUGGCGAAGCCAAGGAUGGGCUAGAAGAGAUGUGUAUGAAGGUUAUGAAGCGUCGGAAGAUGCUUGCGAGUCCUAUGGAGAACCAGGCAUAUGAGAAAAGAGAAGUUGUUGAUAUGGUCAUCGAACGAGGAGUCGAUCUCGCAUACGUCUUGAAUGGGUCGCUAUUCUAUGAACAUACGAUCUCCUGA